GCCCGCGGAGUCGGAGGCUGAGUUGGCAGCGGGCGGGCCAGCAUGGAGCUGCCGCAGAUGCCGGAGCUGAUGGGGCUGUCCCUGUUGGUCGGGCUGUUGGCCCUCAUGGCCACGGCGGCCGUGGCGCGGGGCUGGCUGCGCACCGAGGAGGAGAAGUGCAGCCGGCCCGCCGACCAGAAAGCAAAUGGGGGGCCAGUGACCAAGUCUGCGGCUUCCAAGAAACAGAAACUGCAGCAGCAGCGGAUUCGCAAAAAGAAGCCGCAGCAACACAACUUCACCCACCACCUGCUGGCUGCAGCACUGAAGAGCCACAGCGGGAACAUCUCUUGCAUGGACUUCAGCAGCAAUGGCAAGUACUUGGCUACUUGUGCUGAUGACCGGACGGUACGCAUCUGGAGCACCAAAGACUUCCUACAGCGGGAGCACCGUAGCAUGCGAGCCAAUGUGGAGCUGGACCAUGCAACCCUGGUGCGCUUCAGCCCUGAUUGCAGAGCCUUCAUUGUCUGGCUGGCCAGUGGUGACACCCUUCGGGUUUUCAAGAUGGCCAAACGCGAGGAUGGGGGCUACACCUUCACGGCCGCCCCAGAAGACUUCCCAAAGAAGCACAAGGCCCCCAUUGUCAACAUCGGCAUCGCUGACACAGGGAAGUUCAUCAUGACUGCAUCCAGUGACACAACCAUCCUCAUCUGGAACCUGAAAGGCCAUGUGCUAUCGACCAUCAACACCAACCAGAUGAACAACUCCCAUGCUGCCAUCUCACCAUGCAGCAGGUUUGUGGCUUCCUGUGGCUUCACCCCAGAUGUCAAGGUUUGGGAAGUCUGCUUUGGGAAAAAAGGCGAGUUCCAAGAGGUGGUCCGAGCUUUUGAGCUCAAGGGCCACUCGGCUGCCGUCCACUUCUUCGCCUUCUCCAAUGACUCUCGCAGGAUGGCCUCAGUGUCCAAGGACGGUACGUGGAAGCUGUGGGACACCGACGUGGAGUACAAGAAGCAGCAGGAUCCCUAUGUGCUGAGGACAGGACGCCUGGACGAGGCCAGCGCUGGGCCCUGCCGCCUGGCCCUCUCCCCCGAUGCCCACGUCCUGGCCUUGGCCUGUGGCACCACCAUCCGCCUCUACAACACAAGGCGCGGUGAGGAGGAGGAGCGCUUUGAGGAUGUCCACAGCGAGCGCAUUGCGGACAUGACGUUUGACAUCAGUGGCCGCUUGCUGGCCUCCUGUGGGGACCGUGCUGUCAGGCUCCUGCACAACACGCCCAGCCUGCGGGCCGUGGCGGAGGAGAUGCAGGGGCUGCUGACUAAGGCAGCCAGCGAGAGCACCCGCCAACGGCUGCAGCAACAGCUGAGCCAGGCCCAGGAAGCACUAAAGAAACUGGGGGUCCUGAAGAAGUGAUGCCCCACGCCGGGCUGGGUGAGAAGAGGCACAGACUGCUGCCCAUCUUACUGGGCCUUCCCAGGAACCUCGUUGAACGGAGCAUUUUUGAUUACUUGGCGCUGCUGCAACUGCUUCUCUCUCCUUGGUUCCACUGAAGAUUCCUAGAUUCCUCUUCUUGGCCCGCUGUCAUCUCUGGCCCUGCCUGGCUGCUUCCCUUUCUUCUGGGCCUCAAAGGAAGGAAUCUGCUUACACGGCCACCAAGGAGACCAGACUGCCAGGUAGCAGAGCAACCAGUCACCUGCCUUUUUGGCCUGUGGACCCAAGGCCCUGGCACUCCAGAGCAGUUUGGGGAAGGCCAAACCAAGGGAGCACCUCAGCCAGCAAUUGGGAGGGAGGUUGAUUUCCCAGGUUCAGGACUGGGAGGUUCACGUUCAGCCAGCCAGGGCGCCCAGCUCUGUCACAAAGUAAUGAAGGCCUUUGGUUUGUGCCUCA